UUCCGGAGUCACGUGACGAGGGCACGCCUCGCUGAUUCCUUUUAGCCGCCCACUUCCGGCCCCGUGACCCUGGCUGACAGCGGUUACAACAUGGCGGCGGCCACCGUCCGGACGCGGCGCUUCAAGUGGGCGCUGGAGCUGGGCACGGCGCCGGGCGGGCGACCCCGCGGAGCCCCCGAGAGCCGCGGCCCCGUGGGGUUCUCGGAGCGGCAGAUGGGGGAGGGCGGCGUCCACGAGAGCGACCGCAUCCUGGUGGAGAAGCGCUGCUGGGACGUGGCGCUCGGGCCGCUCAAGCAGAUCCCCAUGAACCUGUUCAUCAUGUACAUGGCCGGGAACACCAUCUCCAUCUUCCCCGCCAUGAUGGUCGGCAUGAUGGGAUGGCGCCCCCUGCAGGCGCUGCUCUCGCUGUCCUCCACCCUGAAGCUGCUGGAGAGCUCCAGCGCGCGCCUGCUGCAGGGCCUGGUCUUCCUGCUGGGCAACGGGCUGGGGCUGGCGCUGGCCCUGUACAAGUGCCAGGCCAUGGGGCUGCUGCCCACCCACGCCUCCGACUGGCUCGCCUUCGUGGCCCCCCCGCAGCGCAUGGAGGUGACCGGGGGGGGCCUCAUCCUCUGACCCUGCCCCCAGGAAUAAAGCGAGGAGCCCGCGGA